CAUAGUAGCUCUGUUAGCGCAACCACACACUUUGUUUCUGCUUGGCUUUAUCUGAGGCUCACAUAAUUUGUGCUUCUAUUUCUUUGUGAUUUUGUAAUUUGUAUUUAUUUCCGUGAAAUGACUAUCAAAAAUUUCUCAAUUGCAUAUGACUCCAUCAAUAGCCAAAACAUCUUCACAAACGGAGAUACAAUCAAUGGAAGGAUCAUCGUGGAGGUCUCGAAAGAAACGCCAAUCCAAUCACUAACCUUUAUUGGAAAAGGAAGUGCAAGGGUUCGCUGGCAAGAACAUCACGGCCAACAUACUCGUCACUACUGGUCUGAUGAGAAAUAUUAUGAGAUCAAACAACAUAUCUUGAGAGCUGGUACUGAAUUUAUUGCCAAAGGAAGACAUGUGUUCCCCUUUUCCUUCAAUGUCCCUAACAGUAAAAUGCCAUCAACGUUCAAGUCCUCAAUUGGUAGAAUUGUUCAUAAGCUUAAAGCGGAGCUUAAACAAUCAAUGAAGUUGACCAAAAAAGCAAAAGCCCACUUCACAUUUGUCUCCAAAGCAGAUAUGGAUAUACCUGGACUUAUGGAACCUCAGCAUGAUUGCACUGAUAAAAAACUCACAGUCUUUGGUUCUGGAACCAUUGCAAUGGAUGUUUACACCCCCAAAAUGGGAUACCAACCAGGCGAAGAUGUUCACGUCAAAGUUGAAAUUCAUAACCAAUCAUCCCGGGACUUGAAGCCCAAAUUUGAAUUGUACAGAAAGCAGAGUUUCUUUGCUCAAGGUCACAGAAGACUUCACACACAGGAGAUUGUUAAGGACAAACUUGAGAGUGUUAAUGCCCGUAGCAAAGAGGUCUUGAAGAAGGUCAUCACCAUCCCCAGGAACAUACCUCCCUCCAUUUUGAAUUCCUCCAUCAUCAAGCUGGAAUACAGGCUGAAGAUCUAUCUGGAUGUCAAGUAUGCAGCAGACCCGGAAAUCAAACUUCCAAUAGUUGUCCUACCAACAUUUGAGGUUCCUUCAGCAAAACAACCUCCAGGUCCCGCUGCUUAUGGAUUUGAGGAAUUUGGGAACUCAAACCAACAAAGCUGGAGCGUAGCACCCCAAUUUUCUGAUGUCCCUCCGCCAUAUGGAGCACACACUUUGUAUCCCACCACGAGUAAUUCUCACGAAUAUGGGAAUUGACUUUGUUGCCUUCAUUGCUUCAUUUGGCUGUCUUUUUUAACCAUUUUUCAAAACUUUGUCCGGAACAAAAGGAUAAUUUUGAGGACAUCGUUUUUUCAACAACUGAAAACAUAUUUUUGAGUUUAGUAGCAUACUAAUAAUUGACAUGAAGAAACUCCUGUUUUUUCUUAGCAUGUUAGCCAUUGUGUUAUCCCUCUGCUAGUUAGCUGACAAUUUGCUGACUCUAUGAUUGAUUAUGC